AUGGGUUCUACUAGCUACACAAACAACCUGCUGCAGAAAACAGCCAAGGGCGAAAUCUGCAAAGCAUUCGGUAUCCGACUAGUCACCAACCCGCAAGUGGUCCAGCUCGCGGCCAACUGUGGAUAUGAUGCGCUCUUUAUCGACCUAGAACACUCGACCCUAUCUCUCAAUGAUGCAAGUCUUCUCUGUAUGGCUGGCCUGGGCGCAGGUAUCACGCCCUUUGUCCGUGUCCCCUACCAGUGUGGAGACGGGUUCGUGCAGCGUGUCUUGGACGGAGGUGCCAUGGGAGUUAUUUUCCCCCAUAUUCACAGCAAAAAUGAUGCUAUAAGUGCGGCUUCCAUUUGCAAAUAUCCUCCUAUUGGAAAGAGAUCUAUGACAGGCCAGCUGCCAUAUUUCCGACUCCAGGCGACACCGGUCGAUGUUUUCACUAGCGAGAAUAACUCCAAUGCAUCAUCAGUCUUUGUGAUGAUCGAGACCAAGGAGAGCAUUGAUAACGUGGACGAGAUUGCUGCCGUGGAUGGAAUUGAUGUCCUGCUGAUCGGAUCGAAUGAUUUGUCUACGGAGCUUGGCGUCCCUGCCCAGUUUAAGAGCAAUGAGUUCCAGUCAGCUGUCGAGGCUGUGAGUCUCGCAUGCAAGAAGCAUGGCAAGAUCUUCGGUCUCGCUGGCAUCUACGAGAAUACAGAGCUGCAUGACUGGGCUCUGAACAAGCUCGGCGCCGGCUUCGUUCUGGUGCAGCAAGACUCUGGAAUCUUGGCCCGAGCUGGAAAGGAUUGUGCAAAUGCUAUUACGACGCUCACUGGCCGUUAG